AGGCCAAUUCCUCUCUUCUGCCCUGAGUGCAAUCUGUAAAGAAACUGCCAGCUGGCAGAGUAAGAUUUAUUGGUUGAAGCCACUUGCCGACUGAUGCUCCAAUUAUGAAUGAUAAGGAUCAAAUGCCAAAUGCUUCCUCUGUGCUCCUGGAACCCACUCCCAAUGCUUCUCUCCCUCCAUCUGAUGACCGUGAUGAUGUUUUGGCUCAGGCUGAAAUUGCCAUUUUGGCUUCCAUCUUCCUGCUGGCCACUCUGAGCAAUGCCCUGGUGCUUGGAGUUCUGCUCCGCCAGGGUCGCCGGGCCAGCCCAAUGCAUCGAUUUAUCCAACACCUCUGCCUGGCCGAUAUGACGGUGGCCCUCUUCCAAGUCCUCCCUCAGCUCAUUUGGGACAUCACUGAUCGCUUCCAAGGCCCAGACAUCUUAUGCCGUUCCAUCACUUACUUGCAGGUGGUCGGCAUGUUUGCCUCAUCCUAUGUUAUUGUGGCCAUGACCUAUGAUCGCUACCGUGCCAUUUGCCGGCCCAUGCUAGCUUUUCGGAGAGGGACAACCUCACGGCAUCGACCUGUGCUAUUGGCAUGGAUAGCAUCCUUCCUUCUCAGCCUCCCACAGCUUUUCAUCUUCUCCAAAACAGAACUGCCCAGUGGAGCCCAUGAGUGCUGGGCAGCCUUUGCUGAACCCUGGGGAGCCCGGGCCUAUGUCACCUGGGUGACUCUGAUGGUCUUCCUCCUUCCCACCUUCUUCAUUGCCACCUGCCAAGGCAUGAUCUUCUGCGAGGUCUACCAAAGCCUGCGUUUGGGGCCAGAAGCAGCCCUGGCUCGUAGGGGGAGCCAACAAAGGGCCUCCCCUAUAUCUGGUGCCGUAACUAAGACUCUUAAGAUGACCCUGGUCAUCGUGCUCAUCUAUGUAUUCUGCUGGGCUCCCUUCUUCCUAGUACAACUGUGGGCUGUUUGGGAUCCUCAAGCACCUACUGAAGGCCCAGCUUUCACUCUCCUGAUGCUCGUUGCCAGCCUCAACAGCUGCACAAACCCCUGGGUCUAUGCCACAUUCAGCAACAGCAUCUCAAGCGAACUGCGCCGAAUCUUCUGCCCCAGAUGGGCCCACCGGCAAGUCAGCUCCCUGUAUGAAGACUCCAUUCUCACAGGCAGCUUCUCACUGGGCCGAGACACUCUUUCCUGAGACAGCAGCUUGCAAGCAGGAAAGCUGCCUCUCAGUUCAGCAGAGGCACACAUUUCUGCUCAGCAAUGCUAAGUGAAAAGAACUUGUGUCAGAAAGGACUGCAGUACCAGCAAGACAAAGCUUCUGAAUGGAUGGGGGAGGGGUGUUUGUCUGUCUGUCAAGGACUGAAUUCCCUGAUAAUCUGCUACAGGGGCAACACUGGAGCAGGUACUAGGGAAACUAUUUCCUUUUCCAAUAUCCUAUUUCCUCUAUAACAGUGAUGGUUAACCUUUCUGGUGCCGGGUGCCCAAAGUGCGCACACACACAAAUGCACGCAAGCGUGCCCAGACCCCCAAAAUGCAAUGUGAGUGCCCCCCGUGCAUGCGCUCCAGACCCGUGCAUGCAUACGUGUCUCCUGCGCAUGCACCCCAGACACACACACACACACACACACGCGCCCCAUUUUGAUUUCCAGGUUGGAGC